AACAAAAGAGCUUUAGAUCAAGUAAAUGACGAAAAUGAAAAAGAUUUAAAGAAAAUUAAAACAGACGAAGAAAGUACCAGUACAACUACUACUUUAGAGAAUAAUACAGCUACCAAUACCACCACCACCACAAAUGCAGUUUCAGAAUCAAACAAUGAAAUGGAAGAGGAUGAAGAAGUUGAUGAAGAAGAAUUAGAUAAACGUAAUCAAAAUCAAGGUGAAGAGAUACUUUUAACAAGUCAAGUUGUUCAUGGUCCAACCGCAAAGAAAGGAAGUCACGAUAGACCACAAAAAUUAUCAAAAGAACAAUUAACUGAGAUUCAAAAUAAAACCAAACUUACAACAGAAGCAUCAAGAAAGAAAAAAGUUGCAGUUCUUUUAGGUUAUUUAGGUAAAAACUAUGCUGGUAUGCAAAAAAAUCCAGGUUUAAGAACUAUUGAAGAAGAAUUAGAAAUGGCAAUUUUUAAAGCAGGUGGUAUUUUACCAGAUAAUUUAUAUUUCCAACAUAAAAUUGAUUGGGUUCGUUGUGCAAGAACAGAUAAAGGUGUAUCAGCAUUAAGAAAUGUAGUAUCAUUAAAAAUGGAAGUAGGACCACCAGAACUUGACGAAAUGGUUAAAGCAUUAAAUAAACUUUUGCCAGAAGAUAUCCAUGUAUUUAAAAUUAUGAGAGUAAACAAUUCAUUCCAUGCAAAGAAUGGCGUCGAUGCAAGAUCAUAUGUCUAUGUUUGUCCAACUAGUGCAUUCGAACCUAAAUUCGCCACAAACAAGUUAGUAGAACCAUUUAAAUUUACCGAAGAAACUCGUGAAACCCUCAACAGAGUCUUAUCAUAUUAUUUAGGUAAUCACCGUUUCCACAACUAUACAAGUCGUAAAGAGUCCAAUGAUGUUUCAGUAUUCAGAAAGAUAAUUAAAUUUGAAUGUUCCGUACCAUUCAUUUUAGAAGGUGUUGAAAUGGUAUCAAUUAAUGUAAUUGGUGAAAGCUUUAUGCUCCAUCAAAUUAGAAAAAUGAUUGGCUGUUUAAUGUCAUUCAUGAGAAAAGGUAUCUUCCAAGACGCUCAAGAUAAAGAAUCUGCAUUUGAUCAAAUUCGUAAAUAUAUUGAGGCCACCUUUUAUCAUCAACCACUCAAUUUACCAGUUGCUCCAGGUGCAGGUUUACUUUUGGAUCAUUGUAUUUUUAGAAUGUGGAAUGAAAAAUAUAAAGAUAUUCAUGGUGAAUUAAUGGUCGAAAAUGACGAUGUUGAACAAUUUAGAAAAGUUGUUUUUGGUGAAAUUGCAUCACUUGAAGCCACAAAACGUGAAUUUUCAGAGUGGAUCGAAACUAAACUUGACCCACAUCCAUUGCCUUAUGAAAUUUUACACAAAAUUAUUGAAAAUCCACCACCAGCCCCACCAAAAAGACCAAAGCAAAGAGAUGAUAAAAAAUUCACAAGACGUGAAAGAAAAGAACAUAUGACAAAUAUUAAGAAAUUUGAUAAGGAUACUGGCAACAAUGAAGAAAAAAAAGAUCAAGAUAAUACAACUGAACCAUCCAAAGAAAUUAAAGAACAACCAAAAGAAGAAACAAAUGCCUCCGAAAAUUAAAAUUAAAUUAAAUUUAAAAUAAAAUUUAAAAUAAACUUUAAAUAAUAUUGAAACU